UGCACAACAAGGCGGCUGGGGCAAUGCCGCCCCUCCCUCGGCGGGGAGCUCCGCCACCCAGCGGGACUACGCUUCCCAGAAUGCCGUGAGAAGGCCUCGUGUGAAUCGCUCUCUAGAGUUGGCCCUCCCGGGCCGCCGUAGCAGCCGGCGGGGGCGGCUGUCAGGCGGUGACGGCGGGCGGGACGCGCCCAGGUUGUUGCUGCUGCUGCUGCCGGGACGCGGCUGGGUGCGGGCGGCGGCUCGCGGAGGAGGGGGCGGCGGGCAACGCAGCAGACCCAGCCCGGCCAUGGACGAGCAAGCAGGGCCUGGCGUUUUCUUCAGCAACAACAACAACAACAAUGCCUUGCUUUUGCCACCGCCGGCAGGCGGGCCAGGGCUGGAGCCGGGCGAGGCGGCGGCAGCAGCGGCCGCCGCAGCGGCAGCAGGAGGAGGCGGCGGCGGGGGGGUCUCAGCCGCUGGAGUCGCCCCACCAGUGUCGGCAUCUCGGGCUCAGUACAGUGUGCCAGGCAUCCUGCAUUUCCUGCAGCACGAGUGGGGCCGCUUCGAGGCGGAGCGCGCCGAGUGGGAGGCGGAGCGGGCGGAGCUGCAGGCCCAGAUUGCCUUUCUUCAAGGUGAAAGGAAAGGACAAGAAAAUCUGAAGAAGGAUCUAGUACGAAGAAUCAAAAUGUUGGAAUAUGCACUUAAACAGGAAAGAGCUAAAUAUCACAAAUUAAAAUAUGGCACAGAAUUGAAUCAGGGAGAUAUGAAGCCACCAAACUAUGAUUCUGAUGAAGGGAACGAGACAGAAAUUCAACCACAACAGAACAGUCAGCUAAUAUGGAAACAAGGACGGCAGCUGCUAAGACAGUAUCUACAAGAGGUGGGAUACACCGACACGAUAUUGGAUGUGAAGUCAAAACGAGUGCGAGCUCUACUGGGCCUCUCAAGUGAUGCUUCAGAGAAGGAAAACAGAAGUCAAGAGCCAAUGGUAAAUGGCACAGAGGGACAGAUGAAAGAAAACAUAAUGAUUGGGAAACCUGAAUUGACUGACUCUGCCUCUCUGCUAGAGACCUUCAAGUUUCUUGAAAAUGCAGCUGCAGACUUUAGUGAUGAAGAAGAUGAAGAAGAUAUGGAAGGAAGAGAGAAAACAAUCAUUGAUAGUGCAACAAUUGUAAGGAAAAGGGUGCUAUCUGACAGCAGUGAGGACAGAGAUACAGAAGAAGCUUUGAAAGAGUUUGACUUUUUGGUUACCUCAGAUGACGGUGAUGGGGAAUCGCGAAGUUCAGGAGAUGGAACAGACUGGGAAAAGGAAGACCAGUGUCUCAUGCCUGAAGCUUGGAAUGUCGACCAGGGAGUAAUAACCAAACUCAAGGAACAAUACAAAAAGGAGCGCAAGGGGAAAAAGGGGGUGAAGAGAAAAACUACCGAAGAUAUGUUUCAGCCUCAAUCCUAUAUAAAACAGUCAAAACAGGGAUGUGGGAAAGUGAUGGAGCAAAGCACAGGGCCCAACAGGUCAAAGCUGCAAGAUAUGCUUGCAAACUUGAGAGAUGUUGAUGAUCUGCCUUCGUUACAGCCAUCCGUCACACCACCUUCUAGGCCCAGUAGCUCAAGACUCAUUGAACACGAGAUAACCAGGACAGAUGAAGUGGAAGCUUUAACAUUCCCUCCUUCUUCAGGGAAAUCUUUUAUUAUGGGAACAGAUGAAGCCCUUGAGAAUGAACUGGGUCUUGGGGAGCUGGCAGGCCUUACAGUAGCCAAUGAGGCAGACUCGCUGACUUAUGAUAUAGCAAACAAUAAAGAUGCACUGAGAAAGACUUGGAACCCCAAAUUCACAUUAAGAAGUCAUUUUGAUGGAAUAAGAGGUCUCGCUUUUCAUCCAGUUGAACCAGUCUUAAUAACAGCUUCAGAGGACCAUACCUUAAAAAUGUGGAAUUUACAAAAAACAGCCCCAGCAAAAAAGAGUGCUUCUCUUGAUGUAGAGCCAAUCUAUACCUUCAGAGCACAUACUGGACCAGUGCUCUGUGUGGUGAUGAGCAGUAAUGGUGAACAGUGUUACAGUGGAGGAACAGAUGGCCUCAUCCAUGGCUGGAACACGACCAACCCAAACAUUGACCCCUAUGACUCUUAUGAUCCUUCUGUUCUGAGAGGUGCUUUUGUAGGCCAUGCAGAUGCAGUGUGGGGUCUGGUUUACAGUGGAGCACACCAGCGUUUGCUGUCCUGUUCAGCAGACGGCACUAUACGGCUGUGGAAAGCUACAGAAGUUGCUCCAGCUGUCAGUGUAUUUAAUGAUAAUCAAGAAAUGGGAAUCCCUUUGUCAGUAGAUCUGGUGAGCAGUGACCCAAGCCUCAUGGUAGCAUCGUUUAAUAGUGGCUGCACUAGCAUUUUUAACAUGGAGACACAACAACGCAUUCUUACCAUGGAGUCCAGUGUGGAUUCUACAAUCAGCUCCUCCUGUCAGAUAAACAGAGUCAUCAGCCAUCCAACUCUUCCAAUUAGCAUCACUGCUCACGAAGACAGACACAUCAAAUUCUACGACAACAACACAGGAAAACUGAUCCACUCCAUGGUAGCUCACUUAGAUGCCGUUACAAGUUUAGCUGUUGAUCCUAACGGCUUGUACUUGAUGUCUGGCAGUCACGACUGUUCGAUUCGCCUGUGGAAUCUUGAAAGCAAGACCUGCAUCCAAGAAUUUACAGCUCAUCGCAAGAAAUUCGAUGAGUCCAUUCAUGAUGUGGCAUUCCACCCCUCCAAAUGUUAUAUUGCCAGUGCAGGAGCAGAUGCCCUGGCUAAAGUGUUUGUAUGACAGAAUGCUUUCCUUUCAACUCUAUCUUUGUAUAUAUUUAACCAGCUGCACAAAAGAGAAGAGGAGGGCAUGGAUUUUCUUAUCCUGCCCUAUAAUUCAGAGAAUGUUUGUAAGUGUUUAGUUUUGCAGGGUGCUGUUUUCUAAAUCGACGUUUGUUCUGGUUUCUGUGAGCUCAGCUGGUGCUGAGAGCUUGGAAUCUCUCAGUUUCAAAUAGAUAAAAAAUAAAAAAGAAGUGCUUUUAUUUCAGAGGGUGUCAAUUUUCGUCCAGGCAGGCCUUGGGUGAAACUAGGUCUAUGUAUUCUUUAUUAAUAAAAUGGAGUACUGGAAAGAAAGGGGUCUAGUUGCAUCAGGGAAUAGGAAAAGAGGGAAACUUCCUGGGCUGCUUCUCACUGAGGAAUCUUAAUGUACUUUAAGUCACCUGAAAAAUAAGUCAGUUCACAUGCUCAUUGCUUUGUCAUGUGAGAGACGCUUUGUCAUCCCUUUGGUCUUAAUAAAGUAGAUAUUGUUCAGAGAGCAAUAGUGGAUACUUAAUCUUGGCCACUUGGCUGCUAGCCUAAGAUAAAUGCAGUUAAAAGAAAGCAAAUGACUAACAAAUUUAAAAUUGAGUAAGGUUUUUUGGUUACAUCUUCUGUGUCACACAGUAAAUGUUUAGUUUGCAAAGAAAUUGUAUCCUUUUUUUUAAGACUGUAUUAGUGCGUGGCUAGAAGCUGAGCCUUUAGUCUAGUCCAAAUUAACAGUAGGCUGAAGCAGUCUGUAUGUACUGUAGUAGCAGACUUAACUUAUUCAGAUUUAUAAUGCUGUUUAUUCUUGGAGAUCUGGCACAAGAAAUUACCACCAAGUUUUCCAGAGAAAACUGUCCUACAAUUGAGCUGUCGAACAUUCAUCUCCUCUUUCCAUUACUGCUAAAAAGGGUACCGUUCUGAGCAUUAAGCUUGACAGCAAAGUCAUUCGUUGGAAGAUUAAAUCUUUACCUGAUGCUUUCCAUGAGUCCUACUAGUGCAAUAGGUGGAAAGUACACAACGUUCCAUUGAUUUGGGAGAUUUUGCUGUUUCUAGAGGUUAUUCCUCAGCGUCACCAUUUAUGGGACUUUAACCCGGUGUAUCAUGCCAUUGAUUAGGUUGCCUGAAGAAUGAACAAUGCUUGUGAUUUCUCCGCAGAUGCGUGUUAAGUAUUCAGAGCCUCUCUGAUUUGAAUGACAAAUAACUUUCAAUUGGUUCUUUUAGCCUGUGAAUAGGAAAGAACCCAGUGCAAACCUUCCACAUACCAAUCUGAGGUUAAGACUGGAAACCGGUAAAUCUUUACCUUUACACUGACGCUUUCUGAACAAGGACUCUUUGUAUGUUAUCGGCAUAGAGGGUUUGACUGUGUGUUUAGAGUGGAGUUUGGGGUCAGGACCACGUUUGAAGCUGAUCUCAGAGUUGAAAAAAGCUGAUCUCAGAGUAUAAAUCAACUAUAUUCUUUAGAAUGAAAGGUUCACCUCUGGUGUUUGAGCCCGCAACACUUUGUAUGCCCUGCGAUACCUUUUAUUGCUCAGAGUAUGCAGAUGUGUCACUUCAUUAUAUUGAUAUGCAAUAUAUUUCCAUAGAUAAGAUGAAAACCUUACAUGAAAGAGAUGACUACAUUAGUAAUUCAGAUUAUUUAGUUUUUAUACAGUGUUUUGGCUGUGAUGGAAAGGGUGAAACUCGGCUGCAAGACUGAGCAUUCAAAUUUGUGAGAGUUGUGUACUUGACUCAUAUUUUUUCAGUGUCACUUUUAUUUGUUUUCUAAGAGGAGAUGACAAAGAUUUAUUUGGAAAAUCCUAAAAGUUAUGUAUAUCAUAUAUGUAUAUAUAUAUUGUAAACAUGUAUUAAAUGUGUCUAGUAAGGGAAGACUCCAUGGGUGCAUUUUAAUGUUUUUAGUAUGAAGAGUUCUCUUGAGUUUGUGUAUACAGAGGAUAAUGGUGUGAGUAUGAAAUGAGUGUUGUGCAUUUGCUUAGGUAGUGCAGUAUGUAGUUAGAGUUGUUGAAAUUGCUGUACAUAAAACUAAUAGGCUGGCAUGCUUGUUUUUAAAGACUGUCAUUCUGAUUACAAUUGGAAUGUAAGAAGUGGCUGUUCAAAUGUGAAUUGAAAGAGGUCUCCUUCUCACCAUUGAGCUCUUGCUCAAACUGAAAAGUUAUUCGUUUUUCCUUCUUUCCUUUAAAGCUGCCAAUAGCUAGAGGAUGAGGUGCCUUUAAAAAACAAAACAAAUGUAGCCUUACAAAGAGGUUGUGGAGUAUAUAUAUUUUUGUGCUAGUCUUCAUAAUGUCUUUCUACUGUAUUUGCUCACAUUCUUGGACUGCAGGGUAUUGUGCAUGAGCCUGUCAGGUCUGAACAUCAGGAGUUAGGGAUAAAAAGACUAUUUAGCUUAUCUAGUCCAUCUGCUUGCUAAAGCAGGGUUGUAGACUUGUACAUUUUAAUGACAUCUUGAGUUGGUGAAGUUUAAUAUGGAUUCCUUUUGAAGAUGAUUUCAACUAUUGCAUCUUACUGGCAGGAGGAUUUACAUCAUGUUGAGUACUUAUUUUUUGUAUCUUCAUGUCAGUAUUCCACACCAUGCUUUGUGCCAUUUUGUAUAUUCCUCGUUGUCUUUGCAACUUGCACUCUGCAUGCACACAGUGAUUCUAGGUGUAUAUUUCCAUUCCUUUCCAUUUUCUUCAAGGUAAUUUUUUGGUGUGCUUUUUACACAUCUGAUUUCCAGCUUUUUAGCUCAGUUCUUCAUAUCUGAGUGCCCACGACACCAUUCCCCAUGUGUGAUUUGUUGGACUUUAGACCGAAGGCCGUUGGUUAAGUGUGGGUUCUGUUUGGUUUUUUUUCUUGUGCAGUGUGAUGCUUUUGUGCAGGAAGGCCAAAGUUUUGGCCUUCUCACUGGUAUCUCUCAAACCCAAUUUGUAUUUCUUUCUUUCUGACAAUUAUUUUAAAUAACUUUGAGAAUAAACUUGCUCCUCAAGUUUAUUCUUCAGUUUCAGUGCAUUGUAAUGAUUCUUUUGCAGGUAGAUACUUAAUUCUCAUUUCAUUUUUUUUUUUAAGCUUUGAACUUCUGAUCUCUGAUGGCACUACAUUAGUUUUUCCAUGCAUUUCUUUCUGAUUCACUGUCACUGGUAAGUUUCAUGAAUAUGAUACAUAAAUCUGUUGAAGAUAAAAACAAAACCGGGCUCAAGACUUACUCUUGCAAAAAACCCUUGUUGUGCAACAUUGGUAUAUGACACUUUACCAUUACUUUUCCCCCUGUUUUAAUCUGCAUGGUACUUUUUUUUUUGAAUGCUUAAAGUUUUUGUGUGCCUAAGUUACCCUGUGCUAGAGAUUUUGGGGUUUAGUAACUUAAUGGAAGAGUUUUCAGUCCUUUCAUCUGUUGAAACUUGGUCUGCUAGGUUUAAAUACUCUCGAUUCCAUUUUUAGUUUACUUCACUGUGCUCUUUUGCAUAUUUGAUUCAGUUACCAAAAUGGUUGCACAAAAUGAUUUGGAGCUCAAAGUACAAUACAGAGAUAUAUUAUAUUGCACAAAAUGUUUUCUUCACUCUUAAAAAAUCCUAGUGAAAUGCUAGUAUCUGCAUUGAUUUUUGUGCCUCAAAGAGAGCACUCUUGACAUACAGCAUGCAGGAUGUUAUUCCUUGGAAGAAAAUCACCUAAUUAAUAUUGUUGGCACCUUCUUUUUUGAUUUUUCUAAGAUGUGUUCCUUAGCAAGAUGCUUAUAGAACUGUGUGCUGUGUACCAUCAGUUAUUUCUUAGGCUGUGUGUUCUCAGACCAUGUUCCUUUAAAGCAGUCACACAUGUGGUAUGUUUGAGUAAACAUGUGGUGUUCACCAUACAGGUUUGUGAUGAGGCCUUGUGAUCCAGGUUGGACUGGAUGAUCUUGGAGGUCUCUUCCAACCUGGUUGAUUCUAUGAUGCUAUUUCACAGCUGUGAAUUUGACUGGGAACUUACCCUUUUGAAUAAAUGCAUAAAAGAUUAAGGACUUAGUUGCACCACCCUUUUCAGUAUGCUCUUUUGGUCUCAGAUAAGUCUGCUUUCCCACCUCCUUCCUCAUGUUUUAACAGUGUAGUUUGAGGUAGCAGCAAUUCCCAUAAACUGAUGUGUCAUUCCAGCAGUGUUUGAAUGGCAGAAGUGUUAGCCAAGCCCAAUGGAAACAAAAAAUAAAAAGCAAGCAAUACCUGCUGCCUUUUGGGACUUGUAUUGGGAAGCAUUUUCAGGCUGUGGUUUGGCAGUGUCUAUGCAGAUGGUCCUAGGGAGCCUUCUUGACACCUGUAUGAGAUAUCUGGGAAACCUACUGUAGUGGUUUGGGUGUUCCCCACCCCUCACCAUGGUUAGGAAUUCACCCAGACUAAACUCAGGCUGGCUGGAAGUUAAGGAAUGAAGCUGUAUUUAUAGCUCUGCACAAUUUACCAGCUAAAUAUACACAAUAUAUACAGAUAUAUUUACAACUAUAUACAGUAAUAUGCAAGUAAAAAAAUGGUACAGAGAUACAAAACUCCUCCCAGCAGCAAGCUGCCCAGGAGGGGUUCCCAACCACCAUUCCACCUUCUUUCCACCCUUUUCACCCUCUCCCUUAUCUUAGAAUCCCCCCUAGUUGCAAGUUGAGCUGGAAAGGUCAGCAAGAGGUGUUAGAAGCAGAAUGAUUAGUUGGGAAUAUGCAGGUUCAGGCAGAAGAGUUAAUUCGGCAACAGCCAGGCAGAGGCUGACUUAUCUUUGUGUCCUUGUGUUUAUAUGUCCCAGCAGAAUGCAUAGGUAAUAGAGACAUUUUCAUUAUUUUCCUUUCACAGCCAAUAAUCUAAUUUCUCUCAUUAAGGUAUUCCAAUUAGCCUCAAACCAGCACACUAGUAAUGCGAGUUGAGGAAGUCAUUGUGGUUGUCCCUGUGCCUGUGUUAAGAGACUAUAGUAAUGUUCUCCUUGGAGGCCUCUUUGCUUGAAGCAUCAAAUUUUCACAAGUGUUUUCUGCACUGUGGGAGUAUCUGCAAAUGAGAUAAUUCAUAUUUUUGACUUGGGAGACAUGUAGGCAGUGGUCAUUUUGAUUGUGCUGAACAGCAAGGGGAGCAGGGAAACCAUUUGUUAAAGUCUCCAAUGGAUAGACAGUAGGUUAAAUGGCUGGAACCAGUGUGCCCUCUAUACAACUGCUGUCAUUGCAGGAGAAUUCAGGGAAGAGUUUAGGCUGAUGGUAUUGUGAAGGAAAAUGUUAAAAGGUUUGAGUAACAAUUGUAGUGAGGCUUUUCCACAAUGAUUCAUGCAUUAGUUGCAGGUGGUAUGAAGUGUAAGAUUCGUUGUAUACCCAGAUUCCAAAUAAUGUGCUCCUGUGACAAAGGUGAAGGUUUUCCAAGUGUAAAAAAUGUGUCACUCCAGAUGAGGAAAAGGCAAGAGAUCUGUAAUAGUUUGUUUAAAUUCUGAGAGCAGAACUUACUCUCCAGCUAAUGCAUUCUUCAUGUUGGGAACCCAAUUAUGCAAAGAUAAAUUCCUCAAACUCUUUUGUUUCCAGAUAAAGAUCUCAAUAUGAAAUUGCAGGACUAACACUUUGUCUCAUAUCCAUUAAUAUUGGACCAAAGAGACAACAUUUGGGAAAAAGAGUAACAUUUUAGGCUUGUUUCACUUUUUCCUCCACCACCACCACCAGUCAUAGUCUACAUAUUUCAUGUGUAGUACACAUAGUGUUGUAUGACUCACUUCACAUUGAAUAUCCCAUUCUGUUAAAAAAUACUUCUUCAAUGCUUAGAGUGUGUAUCUUUCCAUUUCCUGAUGACUGAGAUGGUAAGAGUCAUGGAAAUAACUGUGAAAACAUGGUUAUAAUUCAGCAUUUUAAAACAUUCUCAAAUUUGUGGCUGUUUGGCAGAAAUUGUUUCAGAUUAUAUGGCUAAGAAUUAAGAAAUCAGAAUGGGAUGGUAAACCAAUCAACCAGACCAUGGCACCAAGUGCCCCAUCCAGUCCCCUCCCGAACACCUCCAGGGAUGGCGACUCCACCUUCCCCCUGGGUGCUAGGUUGGACUGGAUGAUCUUGGAGGUCUCUUCCAACCUGGUUGAUUCUAUGAUUAUGAUUAGUGAUUGUAAGCCACUUCCAUAUGGUAAAUUGGCUUGUGUAAAAUUAUACAGUCUUUGACAUGGUAAUUUGCAUUUUUUUGGCCUUGUGCUGUCGAUGAGCAUUGUAGGGAUGCUUAGUGUAGCUGUUAGUGUGGAGAGACAGAGAGGAAGCAAAGAUUUCCCUGAAAAACUGCUCUGGUGCUUCAGGAAGCUCCUUUUUUUCCAUAAGGACAUGAAGGUGCUGAGAAUAUUUCAUCUAAAUGUGAUGAUGUAUUUAUCCUGAGAGUGUUAGAACAGGUGAGCUGUCUUGACUCUUUCAGUGUCUUUAGGCUUAAAGGUGAAUGGGAUACUUGAUGCCAUGGUCUAAUUGACUGGCUAGGGCUGGGUGCUAGGUUGGCCUGGAUGAUCUUGGAGGUCUCUUCCAACCUGGUUGAUUCUAUGAGUGGCCUGUAAACUGCUAGUCAAAUCGUUUGCAAUUUUUUCUACUGAGGAGCAUAGAAACUGAUGGAAAAUGGUGUUAAUCCAUCCAGUUACACAGAGGGUGUUUCAUAAGAAGUAGCCCAUGUUGUAAAAAGAUACCAUUGCAUGCAACAGAGCAAAUGAACAGACAACUGGAGAGAGGGGAGCAUCUAGCAUGACCUUUGGAUAGUCCUCAGGCAAGUGCUUUUGCUCAGCUGAUGGGGAUAAUCCCAGGAGGGAGGAGGUUGGGAAAUAGGACUUUUAAAGGGAUGUCUCUGCCUGUGGUGAUGAACGUAACUGUUGUUUUGCAGGCUAUCUGGCCUUUUCUUGCUUGUUUUGUGUCAUCCCAUUUAAAUCCUCCUUCAGGCUGUGUUUUCUCAGAAUCUUAAUUUCUCUUCUGCAGUACAGUCUCAUUGUAUGGUAAAUUUUCUCUUAGAGUGUUUUAUGAAGGGUGAGAGGGGUUUCAGAUCAGCCUUAAGCCUUCAACCACCAAAAAGCUGAUUUGUACCUCCUUAUUCCCAGUUUGCUUAAUUCUACUGAGUUAUACUCCACCUGCUGACUUAAUUUUGCUGCUCUGCAGUCUGUUGCAAAAGCUUAUGGAAUGCUGUAUCCUUUAGGAUGGCUUUGAAAAUCAAACUUCCACUACAGAAGUUGUAAAUCAAGUUAAAUAUUACAAUUUAUGUGUCUCAACUGGUUCAUUGUUAGGAGAGAUGACAAGAUCAAAACUAUGUCUGAGCUAAAAAGGCAUGUAGUAAUAAUACAUAAGCUUUUUAGCCCAGCUUUCUUCCUAAGUGUGGCUUGUGAUAUUGUGCAUUUAAACUAGUUUCACCCUACAUAUGCUGCUUAUCCAUGCUGUGCUUCUCAUGUUUAAACCAUGCCUGCAUAUGUGUUUCUAAGCUGCUGAAGGCCUUAUGUUGAUGUGGUCCUCAAGCCCAGUCUCCUCGCAUUCCCUCAGCUUGAAUUGCAGGCUCCCCAAAUUACUUCCUUGCUAUUUCAAGAAACUCUUCCUCCUCAUACCAGAGAGUUAGAGUGGGAUGGUGAGAAAAAUGUGCGCAGCUGGACUUGUACAGUUCUGAAAAGGAAAGGGUAACUUGUUGCCAAGCCAAAUAGUUUCCUUAUUUUUGGAAUACUUAUUAAAAGCAGCCAAAAACAUUGUGUAAGGGAUAAACAAUGGACUUCAAGCUAAUAUUUUUCCAUUCAGAAUUUAUUUUUUUAUUCUUCCUGUCAUCAAGAGAUGUGCUUUUUGAAUGUAGCUUGUUUUCAGAGGUGUGGCUCCUGUAGUGCUUUUCUUGCAGUUGGACGUUUGCAGACUCUUCUCCUGUGUUAUCCCUUCUUCUGGUAAUGCAAACUCAGCGUGUUAGCUGAUAACUUCUCAGCCCGGGCCAAAUGAGAAGUGCUCUUGUGCUAUGUUUUCCUUGAAUCAUGCAUCUGAAAAUCACGUGGAAGGAACUCCACCAUGAGAAGACUUGUUGCUGUAAGAUUUUUUUGUUGUUACUGACGUUUGUCAGCAUAUUAACUACCUGCACUGUGUUUUGUGUAAGUAUCUUCUAUUGCUUUCUUUUAAAAGAAGCUGACAGGCUAAAAAGGGACAAAUUUCUUUGCCUUAUGGAGUGUAGCUUGGAUUUUGUGGUGUUGUUGUUGCUUACAUUAAUAUAUAUAUUUUUCUUUCCCUCUCUGCAAGAGUAGUUAUUGAAUUUAGAGUUACUUGACAGUUCUCUUUUGGAGAGUGUGCCACAGGUGUUAACCACUUAAAUGUUGAUAACUACAGGUAAUUCUGGAAUCUUCUCAUCUGGGUCUCUUCCGUGAGAGAAAAUCGAUAUGAAAAGGCUACUGUGACUGACAAAUAAACUGCUAGAGGAAAAUGUGACUCUCCUUCAGAAUUAUUAUGAGGUUAUGGGUUUGCAUGCCAGUUUUGAAUCACUACCUUGAAACAAUGUUAGGCUUUAAGUGUCUCGCAAAGUGGUGGAUCCAAAUGAAAAAUAUCUAGUCACUGAGUAAUAGUCUGCUUGUCAGUUUUUGGCUCAGUACAAGGCUUUGUCAUCAUUUCAGUGCCACCAAAUUGCUUUGAUUCAGUGCUACUGUCAUACAAAAGUGAAUGUUAUUUCAAGUGGGAAACCCUGUUUUCUAAUUCAUGAAGGAAAUCGUUUUCUUGUGAGUAAGAGUCCAUAUAAUGCAUUAAAUAAUUUCAGAAAGGCUUUUUAAUCACAAAGCAUGAGGGAAAAUGAAAAAGUAAUUAGUUCCCCUAAGAGUUGAUAGGUAUUUAUUACUAAAAAUAUGGGGGUUUUUUUUGCUUUAAAUGAAAAUGCUCCUUCACACACUAACAUUCAGUGGUUUAAAAUCCUGGACAAGUAUCUACAAUGGCAGAGAUAGGCAAUUCGGAGGGAUAUUAAUUUGAAAUGUGCCAGUAUAUUUUUGAGCUUCUUAGUUUCAGCCCUGGUUUUUCUUUUUCACUGUAAUUCAUAUUUUGUGAAACUUCUUGGAGAAGUUCUAUUUCAAGCUACAUUCACUUGCCUGAACAAGCAAAUAUUUCAUUGCUAAAGUGAGCUAAAUCUGCUUAUGUUAGUGUGUUGCUUAAAAUGAGACCAUGUCGAUGUAACCAUACAGACACUUGUAUUGGUAUGACAGUAGUGAAGUGUGGUAGCUCUAUACUGUACCCACAUUCUUUGCUGAGCAAAAUCACAUGGACAUCCAGAAAUGAGCAUUGGUUUUUAAAUCAGCUUUAUUUAAUGUUCCAGCAGCAAGUAAGUGUCAUUUGUACCAUAUAAUUAUGUAAAUUGGGUGCUAAUAAAUACUAUUUUUCAACA